AUGACACCGGGAGAUGUUACUGCACAGUUGUUUGAUGAUUUCACAAAUGCACCAUCAGUUUAUGAUGAUUUCUGGGAAUUGCCUGAGCAUGACGACGACGACCUGCUCAUCUCUCAUCAAACUAAGAAGCAGAAAACUUUCUUUUUGUCCUCAGAUGAUGAGCAUCCAGAACACUCUUUGAGUGGUCCAUCACAUCAGCCUCCUCCUUUGAGUAGAGAGUGGAGAUGGGAAGGAACAAUAGCAAAGAAAGGCAUUCCCAUCUGUCGAGCUUGCUGUUUUCCCGUGGGGAUUGUGACGGACAUCAAGUUGCCGGAAGUCUUAAAUAUUGUGGCAAGGACUGGCUUGGAGACGGUUGCAGAGCAGUACUACCAAGCUGCUGGUGCCUGGGUGGUAUUCUUUGCUCCAGAAAGUGAGGCGGAUAUUGGACUUUACAAUGAUUUUAUUCAUGGUCUUGAGGGGAAGCAGCGAGCAGCAGUGGCUGAACUGGAUGAAGAAACCGCCUUGUUUCUUGUACCCCCUUCAGAAUUCUCAGAGAAAGUCCUGAAAGUUCCAGGAACCUCUAGGAUUUCUGGUGUGAUUAUAAGGUUCGGGCACCGAGGCACCGAUGCCGGGCCCUCUUCUCUUCCCCAUCCCCGUGGCAAUAUCCCAUAUCCACCACCAAUAUCAUCGUCGGGAAAUUUUCUGGUGGAUUUUUCUUUCCCAGGAAACUUGUCUGCAGCACCUCCACCGGCACCAAUUCCAGGCUCCGCUCAUGCUGUUGCAAGCACGGCCGCCGAGACCACCAAUGAGAACAUGCAGGAUUAUAUGAUGCUCAGUCAACAAAACCCUGCUGUUCUGCCGACCUACUCUUUUCAGAAUGUAGCAUCUGUUGCAGGGCCUUCUUCAUCCAUGCCGGGUGCAGCGGCAGCCCUUCAAUCUGAACAGCUCGCUCAAUUGGCACACCCUCAGAUCUAUGAUCUGCAGAAUGAUUACCAGUUAAAUUCCGGGCUUUCGUCGUCGUUUCAGUUUGAUCAAGUGCAGCAACAGCAGGGAUCUAUUGUGCCUCAAACUUCUGGAGCUCAAGAGAAUGAUCCUCACACACUCUUGCAAGCUGCAUUGCAGUUGGCUGCUAGCCUUCUUCAGCAAAUUCAACGAAAGAAAGGGAAUUGA